CUCCGGAUUAAGCGCACGGACACAGUCUUCCCGUCCAGGCUGCUGUCUCGUUGUGUCGCUGGGGAGGAAUCUGCGUGUCGCACACUGAGGGUGAACCUGGAGUGAUGGGAGCUACCUGGAACCCAUGGAGAGCCACUUCGACAGUGCUCAUUACUCUACUACAAAUCCAAGCGCUGAUCAGGGUCCAAACCACGGCUGUUGUCGGUGUGGAAGGCCAGGGAUUUGACUUCAGAUGCCAAUAUGAAGACGGCCAGCAGAACAAUACAAAGUUUUUUUUUUAUGGCGAUGAUGACAAAAUGUCCUCCCCCUGCCCGACAUGGACACAAAAACCCCACCAGUGGGAUGAAUGUGGACGCUUCUCUCUGUACGACAACACCACGGGAGCCUUCUUCAUUGUCAGGGUGGACCAGCUGACCCCAAAGGACAGCGGGACAUACCGGUGUGGCGUGGCCCCCGAUCCCGGCACCUUCAUACAGCUGAAUGUUUCCAGAGCAAACCUUGCAGACAGUCUGACACAACCCAUUACCGAAUCCUCCAUCAUCCCAGGGACCGUCCCAGUGAGCAAGUUCCACACGUCGCUGCUCAUGACUGCAGCGACGUGUGUGGCAGCCGUGCUCUUCAUAUGUCUGUUCACGCUUUGUCUCCUGCUGGCUGUUAGACACCGGAGACCCGACCCCCAACGGAACAGAGAGGCUUCAUCCGACUACGAGACCAUGAUGCCCGGAGUAACAGCUGGGCCCGAACUGAGCUGCAGCUCUUCGGUGCCGGACUGCGACGAUCUUCUGGCUUUACCACCACCGCCACCCUCACCCGACUGCUGCUCCCACCUCCCGUUGAAGCAUCGCGAGUCCACGGCGUCCCUCGGCCUCGGGGAAAAUGUCGAUGUGUCAAAGCACAUCGACCUGUACCAACAUCUGGAUCUCAGCCAGCUAGAGGAACAUGUGUAUCACAGCCUUAAUGGACCUCUGGGAGUCAAUAAGCAGAUCAAUUGUUGCCACAGUUGCAGGAUAAAUCCAUGUUAAAUGACAGUAUUAACUCCAUGUUGUUCUCUUGCUGCUUUGUUCCCUGAUCUUGGUGCGAUAUGUGUUAAUUAUUACUGAUAAGAAUGACGACCAAAACGACAAAAUCAAGGUUUUAAUGAACCAAAACAACCUUUCCCUGUGAGUUGAACAGACAUUAAGCAAUCAUAAGUUAUCAUAAGUAAUCUUUAGUAAUUCAAGUAGUUAUGGUGUUCACUUUCACUGGGUUUAGUUAUUUCUAGAAUAAC